GAUUAAGGAAUUGAGGAUCUCUCUCACAUCAGCUGCUAUCGCGCAACGAUGGAGGGAUUCAAACAAUUAACAUGUAUUUCGAUUCUUCUGCAAUUAUUCUUUAAUCUUCUUCCUUCGGCCAUCGCGGUUUCAUCUGGGCCGACAGAAGGUUACACCAUUAAUGGCCGGGUUAAGGCUGAAGGUAUGGGUGCAACAGGUUUCAGUCUUGCUGCAAAAAAAUCGAAUGCCAAAAUCACACUUAAUGGUGGUCAAAAAGUUACUUUUCUUAGACCUGAUGGCUAUUUUUCAUUCCACAAUGUGCCAGCGGGGACUCAUCUAAUUGAAGUGGUUGCUAUUGGUUAUUUCUUUUCUCCGGUACGUGUUGAUGUCAGUGCUAGAAAUGCUGGAAAAGUUCAGGCAGCACUGACAGAGAACAGGAAGGGUUUGAGCAAAUUGGUGUUGGAGCCUUUAAGAGAGGAGCAAUAUUAUGAGAGAAGGGAACCCUUCUCCAUAAUGUCUAUCAUAAAGAGCCCAAUGGGUCUGAUGGUUGGCUUCAUGCUGGUUGUUGUAUUUCUCAUGCCAAAACUAAUGGAGAACAUGGAUCCUGAAGAAAUCAAGCGAACUCAAGAAGAAAUGAGGAGCCAAGGGGUUCCUUCCCUUGCAAACUUGUUGCCAGGAGCUGCAAGGAGCUGAGACUAAUUCAAAUCGCCUAUAAGAGAGGACUUCUUCUAAGUCUGGAAGCCCAUGUACUGAAAGGAGUGUCGAUCAAGGCCCUAAUGUGAACCGAAAUGAUUCUUCUCACAGAUGUGGUUUUACUCACAUUUCAUUUCGAACCUAUUGCUGUAAAUUUGUAUCAUGGUUUUGUUGAAUUA